AUGGGGGCAGGAGCUCUGACCAUCUGUCAUAACAAGACAGCAGUGCAGGUUAAGGAAGACAUGAAGAAGAUAGUCCAGAUACCCAUACUGAGGCCCAGAGCAGUAGCAGCCAAGCACACCAAGCUGUUUGGAGCGUCCCUGUUUGAGCUGUGUGAGAAGGGCCUCAUAGAGGAUGGUGUGCCUCUGGUGGUGCAGAAGAUGGUGGAGUAUCUCAGCAAGCAUGCUCUACAUCAGGAGGGUUUGUUCAGAAUAAAUGGGAACGUUCGUGCUGUGGAGACCCUGAAACAUCGUCUGGAGAGUGGCGAGGAUGUGGACUUGUUCUCUGAAUCUGAUACGUGUACCGUGGCCAGCUUGCUCAAACAGUACCUCAGGGACCUGCCUCAGGGCCUGGUAGACUCAACAGUCCAACAGGCGCUGAUACAGCACCACCAAGAGUGCAGUGAUGACGGCUCCUGGUCAGAUAUGAGAGACCUGAUCCAGCAGCUACCAGACGUCCACCACAGCCUCCUCCGCUACCUUUGUCAAUUCCUCACCCUCGUCGAGUGCAACCACAAGGACAACCGCAUGACUGCCUUCAACCUCGCCACUGUGUUUGGACCCAGUGUCUUCCAUGUGGCUCCUGGUUUUGAAGCACUGAAGGACCAAAAUAUCUGUAACAAAAUUAUGGUCAAGUUCAUCCAGAACUACGGCAACAUCUUCGAGACCAACGUAAACAAAGAGGGCUGCACAGAAGAACCAUCAACCAUCAUUUUCAAGGAGGUCGACGUGACAGAUGCAGACGUAAAGGAGUCACCAAGCCACCUCAACGCAAAGACACCGACACCAGUUCCCAGAACGAAGGCUGGACUUAUAAACCCACCAGAAAAUGCAGAGGGUCUGACCAAACCCACCACUAACACUCCAAAGGCGAGGCCAAGGAAAAAGAAGGUGAGAAAAGGGAAGAGUGACGGGAUGCCUCAAGUCGUCCCUCAACCCAGCCGUUCCACUCGGUUGCCCUAUGCAAGGCCUCUCUCCAUACCAAUAGUUUUGCCCCUGACCUCAGGACAUAGGAGCCCCAGCCCAGAGGCGAUGGAGACGAGUUCGGUGCCUUUGACUCGGAAAGACACCCCAGAUACUUCCUCGCACCUCAGCCUGGAUGUCAGCCCCUCUGGUAGCACUGAAGGCCUCGGCAGCUCCCAAGAAGAGGAGAGACCAAUAUCUCCUUUCUACAUGAGUAACCACCUCUUUCCUGUUCACUGCAGACCAGAUGUGGUAAAGAGUUUCCUGGACAGGACGAUACGUUCAACAGUGGAGCAGCACCUUUUUGAUGUUAACCCUUUAGGGGAAGAAAGUUCAGAGGACAGUGAGUUGACUUCAUCUCCUAGGGUGACGCCAACUGCGCGACAGAGACGUCGACAUCAGAGAGAGCAGCAUCUGCAGGAGGAGGGCUUAAGACACAGAGAAAGAAACAGAGCAGCAUCCGUCAGAGCAAACACCAACAAAGAGAACAUCCCAUCGAGCGGUGGAAGCAGCUCUGGCACCGCGGGGGAGGACACAAGCAGCAGCGCGGACUCGCAGGGAGGCCAGGGUGGUCACGCUGAGCGAACCCUGAAACCCAGAAAGUCGAAACACAUCCCGUCGCUGGUGCAACUCACUGACAACCAGGACGCCCGUGCGUUAAACGAGGGUGUCAGUGUGUCGGGACCAUAUGAGAGACCUGGAACAAACCACAUGGAGACAUUUAAGAAUGGGAAUGACACUUCAAGAAAAGAAGACCUUCCUUCUCCUCCACAGGGUCCAACAAAGGGUCCAACAAAGGGUUUAAAGGGUCCUACAGGAGACACAAAAAGGUGUGCUGAAUACAAUCAUGCAGCUUACUCCUCCACCAAUGUGGAGGAGUAUUUUCAGAGCAGCCAGAUGGAUUCUAGUAGCAGCUCAGGCCGCAGCUCUCGCCACCAACACAUUGUGCCACUGAGCGGCCAUCUGGAGCCAACGUGGGGCAACUCUGAUCGGAGUCCGGUGCAAGUGUGUUCACUGGCUGGCCAUCGUUCAUUGAGCGCUCUUUUCCUUUCUCUCAUGGUUGUGCAGACGCUAAGAAUGAAGAUCCAGGAGUCGCCCGUCACUUGUGACACGGGGAGGGUCGGUGGAGAGGUGCGAGGCUCCGACCCAGACUGCGAGAAGACGAGCUGUGAGGAUGUCCCCCGUCUGGACCUGACAGCUCUGACUGAGGACAGCAACUGGGGAGAUUCUUCGUUCUUUAACUCCCCUUUCCUUGAUUUCAAAAGCAUUUUCCAUCAGAGUGUUUGUGAUGAACCAGUACCGGCGUACUCGCCUCUGCAGAGAGAGAGUAUGGACCGUGAGGAGGCUCGACUGUCCCCCCACGCCGGAGGACGCCUGAUUCGCCAGCUGCUGGAGGAGGACAGUGACCCGAUGGUGUCCCCUCGUUUUUACGCCUAUGGACAGUGCCAGCAGUACCUGGACGACACUGAAGUGCCUCCGUCACCGCCAAACGCACACUCGUUUGUCAGUCGCAGGAGGAGUUCAUCUCUCGGCUCCUGUGACGACGAGAAAGAGGAGCUGACGUCCGCCCAGCUCACAAAGAGGAUUCAUGUGUUGAAGAAAAAGAUCCACAAGUUUGAGGAGAGGUUUGAAGAGGAGCGAAAAUACAGACCAUCUCACGGCGACAAAGUUGGAAACCCAGAAGUGCUGAGAUGGGUGAAUGAACUGGCCAAGCUUCGCAAAGACCUUAAAGAACACAAGCUCCUGAAAUCCGAGGAAGACCUGCCGCCUCUGACCCGCCAGCGCAGCAACACACUGCCCAAAAGCUUCGGCUCUCAGCUGGAGAAGAAACCGCAGCAGGAGAAGGUGCAGAAGCCGCCGGUGGAGAGCACGCUGGAAACGAUCCUGAAGAAGCUGCAGGAGAAGAGGGAGGAGGUUAACCGCCCAGAGGACAUCAAGGAUAUGACCCGGGAGCAGAUCGGAGCAGAGAAGGUUGCCCUGCAGAAAGCUCUCCUCUACUACGAGAGCAUACACAGCCGACCGGUGUCCAAGAGCGAGAGGCAGAUCAUGAAACCUCUGUACGACAGAUACCGACUGGUCAAGCAGAUCCUGUGCAGAGCCUCCACCAUCCCCGUCAUUGGCUCCCCCUCCAGCAAGCGCAGAGGUCCCCUCCUUCAGCCCAUUAUCGAGGGCGAAACCGCACUCUUCUUCGAUGAUAUCAAGGAAGAAGAAGACGGCUCGGAGGAUGAGGGAGACACAAAGACCCAGUUCACCGUGACGGUGCGGCCCGACAUCAGUGUGGUCAGCUUCCUGGACCACAUGGACGAGGAAUCGGAUGGUUUCAUUUCACCAGUGGACGAACUUUCACCCUCAAAGAACACCAUCGACAUGAGGCUGUCCAACCUGCACUCCGCCACCACGCAAGAACUUGUGGAGCAACUCCAAGAGACCAGAGAGGAGAAGAAGAGAAUCCGUAAGAACCUGAAAGACUUCGAAGACCAGUUUUUGAGACAAAAUGGAAGAAACGUGCAGAAGGAGGACCGCUCCCCGUUGGCAGUGGAAUACAACGAAUACAAGCACGUUAAAGCCAAGCUGCGGCUGCUGGAAGUUCUCAUCAGCAAAAGAGACUCAUCCAAGUUCAUCUGAGAGAGAAAUAAAAAUAAAAAACACCUAAAAGACUCUAAAGAAGAACAGCUGCUCGGUCUCUAGAGAAACCAAAUCUGUCACACGUCUCUCCCUGACAGGUGUUUUUUUUUGUUUUUGUUUUCUUUCUUUCUUGUCGCCGCUCACAUUUUUUGGCUCGAGCAUAGGCCUGUUAAGUUCGUCCCCAUCGAGCACAGUGGGAAGGUUUCCCCUCUCCGGAGCCGCCGACCCACGGCUGAUUCAAAGCGACACAAACUCACCUCUCCUUUCCUGAGAAGUUAGUUUCCAGCAGACUUUCAUAAUGAGGACAUUUCUCUGAGACUGAGCGACAACGCACACGAAUAACCCGAAUACUGUUUCAGCAAAGAAUCACACCUGUAUCACUAAUAAUUUAUUUUUAUCCUUUUAAAUGUUUGUAUCAGAGCAGAAGUUGUUUUUUUUCUUUCUUUUACUGUAGAAGUCUUAAAAAAAAGAACCUUGUACAUAAAAAAAAAAAAAAAUAGAUAUAAAAUUAACGCUAUUUUUUAAAAGAAGGAUUUUUUGUGAUCAAGAUUUCUGUGUAUUUUUGUAAGGGAGAUAUUUGUAAUAAGUUCAAUCGGUUCGACGGCAUUCUGUUACAGUUUUGACCGCCACAAGAUCCUGUGUUACUUCUUUAGAAGUUGAAUCGAGUAUUUGCUCACUAAAAAGAAGCGCUUUUCACAUUUUAAUACAACCCAAAGACGGCAAACUGCACACCAAAAUGACACAGACGCUCAUCAAAUUUGUGAUCACUGGUACUUAAACAUUUGACUGUAUAUUUGAUGCAUUUGAUGUAUUUUCCCCCCCAUGUUCACUUCAUGUCAAAUAAGCUAUUUUAUCGUCUUGAAAUCACUGGUAUGGGUUUUGUUUUUUAUGUUUUUUUUGCUCACGCUUACAAACGUCAACGAGGCCAUUUGUGAGACGACGCUCCAGUUUUUCUUUCCUUUCAUCUCCAGAGCUCGUCCACUCUUCUUGUAAAUAUGGAUGUACGUUUACAUUUCUGUGAGCAAAGUACAUUUCUCCUUUCUUUCUCCAAAAUGGAUGAUUUAUCAGUGUGAAUUUCGUUUUUACUGAAUGUAAACACUGGCGAGGCUUAAUGAAUUUUGAGUGUGUACAUUUUAGUACAUAAAUCGUAUUUGUAUUUUGUAUAUAUUAUGAAUGAAAUCAUAUUUUUACUGA